CAUAUAAUGAAUCAUUGCCAUUGUAUUUGAAGUGUUCUACGAAAAAAAGACAACUGAAAUAUCAACGCCUUUAAAUAAUUGUCAUAUGUUCAUACUUUUUACAAGUAUACGUCAACAUGGUCUUCAAGAGAUCAUGGUAGCUGAUAAUUGGUUUUUGCAAGAUUAAUCGCCUAUUUUAUGAUCAUGGAUGCCGAUUCAGAUCUAGAGGAAUACAGUACGAAUGACAUGUACAUUUUACCAGGUGAUGAACUGAAAUUAGAAAACCAGUCUGAAGAAGAUUCAAUGGAAAGCUCUUUUUGUGUGAACACAGUUUGUGACGAAAUCUUUGCUUGUUAUGUGUGUUCGCAAAUUUUACCUUGGGCCCGAGUUUCAUCAAGAAAUAUGAGACCCUUUCUUAAAGGACAGACUUACAUAUGCAAUUAUUGCGACAAGAAAAGUUCUGAAAGUAGUCAUAAACCUAAAAGUCUUUUGGAUGACCGUGAUAAUGAAUCUCUCAAAGCAGCUAUAAUUGAAUCUAUAAACAAUCAAGGAAUUAGUUUUGACACUGUCUACCAGUCUGGGAUUAUACAUCCACCGUGUGGUACCAGUAUAUUAACAUCACAUCCUGGGGAUGUCACACAUCAAAAUUUAGAAGAUUUUCGUCCCUCUAUUUCUACAAAGGGAAGCAACCUAUUUCAUGUUCAUUCUGAAGAAAGAGUUAGUGAAUUGUCUACUUUAAAACUUGGUCAAAUUAGUAAUCAGUUUGUUGAAAGAAAAUUUGAAAAUGAAUUGAGAGAAAAUUAUACAAAAUUACAAGCAGAUGCUCAAGUAAUAAAUUUUAAAGGACAUGCUGAAAAAGAUUUAGUAAAAAAGUAUAAAAAUUUAACAGAAGAGAUGCAAAAGCAAGGGGAAAGACGUUAUGAAUGCUCUUUAUGUGAGAAAAAAUUUAAACGUAGUGCUCAUCUUCAGCGUCAUUUAAGAACACAUACUGCAGAGGGGCCGAUUUUUAAAUGUGAUGAAUGUGAUAAAUGCUAUAGAGAUUCAUAUAAUUUAGUGCGGCACAAAAAAUGGCACCAGAAAGAUGUGAUUCCAUUUGAUCCAAAACCAUUCACUUGCGGCAUCUGCGAGAAGAAAUUCCGUGAUAAUUAUGAUUUGCAACGUCACAUUAGAAUCCACACGGGUGAAACACCAUUUAAAUGCUACAUGUGUGAUCAAGGAUUUAUCGAUAACAGGAGCUUACAAAAGCAUGUUAAACAACAUAAAGGGGAAAAACUGUGUAUUUGUCCAAUUUGUAAAAAGGGUUUUAUUGAUAAUAGGGCUUUGAAUAGGCACAUUAGAACAUAUAAUGGAGAACUUCAUUAUAAGUGUGAUAUUUGUGAUAAGACAUUCAGUAAAAAAGCAGAUGUUUUAUUUCAUAUGAAAACACACUCUGAUAAACUUCAAUUUAAGUGUGAAUUUUGUAAAGAAAGUUUUAGAUCUCUGAGUAAUUAUGAAAUGCAUCGGAAGAUUCACAUUGAUCAGAUAACCUCCAUUGUGGGUUCAACAUCAGGUUUAGGGAAUGGGGAGGAUGGGAUGCCAGAAGCACUUGUAUAUGGGGAGGAUGGGAUGCCGAAAGCACUGGUAAAUAGGGAGGAUGGGAUGCCGGAACCACUGGUAAAUGGGGAUGAUGGGAUGCCAGAAGCACUGGUAAAUGGGGUGGAUGGGAUUUCGGAAGCACUGGUAAAUGGGGAGGAGUGUGGGAUAAAGGGGGAGUAAAUGGAAAGGAAUACAAUAUAUAGGUACAGUAUUCAACAAUCGAUUGAAUAGACUUUUUACAGAAAUUACAAUCUUUAGUCAAUUGAACACUGUCAUGACUGUUGUAGGGUAAAUCAAAUGUUGUACACAUAGGACACUCGUACAUGUAUGUAUGUCAUUGUAUGUACAUAAAUCAAAUGUUGUACACAUAGGACACUCGUACAUGUAUGUAUGUCAUUGUAUGUACAUAAAUCAAAUAUUGUACACAUAGGACACUCGUACAUGUAUGUAUGUCAUUGUAUGUACAUAAAUCAAAUAUUGUACACAUAGGAGACUCGUACAUGUAUGUAUGUCAUUGUAUGUACAUAAAUCAAAUGUUGUACACAUAGGAUUUUGACACUCGUACAUGUAUGUAUGUCAUUGUAUGUACUUAAGUCACUUACUAUGACUUAAUUGAUUAAAUUGCUACCAUUUAAGAGUUGAUCAAUUCAAUCAACCGUCUCAUCUGGUUUUCAAGGGUCACUAUCAUAAUAAUUGUAUUCAUUUGCAAGUGUCCUGAUCAUAUCAAUGGUACUCAAUUGUUACGAUUGUUUAAGGGUAGAUCAAUUCUAUAAACUAUUACAUCUGUUUUGCAAGUGUCACGAUUAUAUCAAUGGUAUUCAAUUGUUACAAUCAUUUAGGGGUUGAUCGAUUCAAUAAACUAUCGCAUAUGAUUUUCAAGGGUUACCAUCAUAAUAAUUGUAUUCAGUCAUAACGAUCGUUUAACAGAGUUGAUCAAUUCAAUAAACUAUCUCAUUUGUUUUGUAAGUGUCACGACCUUAUCAAUGGUAUUCAAUUGGUACGAUCACUUAACAGUUGAGCAAUUCAAUCAAUUGUUACAUCAAUCAUAUUCAAUCGUGACACUCGUUUAAGAGUUGAUCGAUUCAAUCAACUGAUUCUUCUGGUUGUCAAGGGUUACAAUUGAUUAAAUUAUAUUCAAUUGUUACAAUCAUUAAAGAGUUAAUCAAUUCAAUCAACUGUCUCAAUCUGUUUUGAAGGCUCACAAUCAUAAUGAUCAUUUAAGAGUUGAUCAAUUAAACCAAAUGUCUCAUCUAGUGUAUUCAAGGGUCACGAUUGUAUCAAUCAUAUUCAUUCAUAAGAUCAUUUAAGAGUUGAUCAAUUGUUACAGUUGUGUAAUAAUUGAUUAAUUCAACCAACUGUCUUAUUUGGUUUUCAAGUGUAACAAUCAUAUCAAUCUUAUUCAACAGUGACAGUGUUAAAGAGUUGAUCAAUUCAAUCAAUUAAUUGGGUUGAUUGAGAUAAUAUACUGUAAUCAAUCUUGAUCAAUUGUAUCUGUUGCAGGCAUGGGGUAAUGCUAAUUUGUAAUUGUAAUGCCCUGUAAUGCAUUACAUUUCCCCAAGUAAUGCAUGUAAUGUGUAAAGCCCAAAUUUUACGCAUUACAUGUAAUUGUAAUGUAAUGCAUUACAUUGGCAAAAAUGCAUGUAAUUUACACACAAAUGAUUUAUGCAUUACAUAGCAUUAUAUAGCAUUACUUCUUGUCUGAUAGUGCUAUUAAUUGCUACAAAUUUCAGGGAUAAUGAGCAUUAUGUGAGUAUUGUAUGGCAAUAAAUAGUCCCCUACCGGUUACAAAUUCAUUGUAAUGGAACGAAAUUCUAUCUUGAUCUAUAACUUGUCAUGGUGUAAAAAAUCAAGUAAAUCUUCAAGCAUGAUGAAAA